AUGAUCCCGCUCGCUAACGACCCGUCCAGCCUCGCCAGGGUGGUCCGCUCGUGGGGACCGCUCGCGGCUGCUGCCUCCGCUAACACCACCGCCUCAUCGUCCGGGUCCAUCGAUGCCUUCAUCUCCCAGCUUGUGUGCAACAACACCUCUACCUCCACCGAACGUCUAUUGGGCAGGGUUUCCGAGACCUGCGGCGUGUUGUCGCUUUCGGUGUGGCUUUUUGCGCAAUUGCCCCAGAUCAUCGAAAACUACGUCAACCAGAGUGUCCACGGAGUAUCGGUGGCCUUCUUGAUGUGCUGGAUCGCUGGCGACAUCACAAACCUCUUGGGGUGUAUCUUGACGCGAGCGUUGCCGUUCCAGACAUGUUUGGCAGCGUACUACUGCUUCAUCGACUGCAUUCUCUCGUUGCAGUUCUGGUACUAUACCCGAGUGUAUCCCCGCCAAAAGGUACACCAUAACUUGCUCCAGAGUCCCAACAUGCUACGCAGCCCUCUUGCCAAUAGACACGGCCAUCUGGGACUGCGGAGGAACCGAUUUGAUCCGGAAGUGGCACCGCAUUCGCCCAUCGACAUCUCGUCUGGCUUCCACGCCAACGAAAACAGCAUGUUCCAGAAGCUCUUGAGUACGUCGUUCCUUGCAGGAAGCUUCAAGAAGGCCAACGGCCUCCCUACAGAGCCCUUGACCCACCUUUCGCCAGGCGACAUUGGCAUGUGCUCUGCCUGGUUGUGCUCAUUCCUCUACCUAGCAUCGAGGUCGCCCCAGAUUGUCAAGAACUUUCGUUCCAAGUCCACCAAGGGUAUUUCCACCUUUCUUUUCCUUUUUGCCAUGAUGGGAAACCUUUUUUACACCAUCUCCAUUGUCAGCGACUUGUACCUCUUGUCUAUCAGUGACUAUGAGUUCCGCUCCGACAACAAGUUCAGGACGGUGUUGAUGGCCCAGUUGCCUUUUAUCGUGGGCAGUGCAGGCACCGUCUUGUUUGACUGUGUGAUUUUGUUUCAG